GUAUGUAUCUAUCACACAAUAAGUCUUGUGUUUAGCAGUGACCCUCUUGUCUUUUUCUCAUUUAGUCCAACCCCACCCCUAAUUUUUUUUUAAAAUAAAUCAAAUUAAUUAAUUAAAGGGGCACAUUGUUUUGGGAGUAAAGAAAAACAGUAGCAAAAGUUUGGUCCAUAUAAGGAGCAGAGAAACCACUGACUCAUUCCCUCUGAGUCACCUUUUUCAAUCUUGUAAUAAGAAAGGGGAGCGAGCUAGCAUGGAUAAUCAGACAAGCCUUCUUCUUAAUUGGACUUAUUCCCACCAAGAUAAGAGUAUGGAUGAAGAACUGAGGCAGACGCUUCUGCUAACAAUGGAGCUCGAAGAAACGAGAAUGAAGGCACAAGAUGAACUCAAAUUGAGAGACGAGCAAAUUACUCAGCUCCAGCAGCUUCUCAGCUUAGCCAUUCAAGAGAGGAAUGAAGCUCAAGAAAAGUGCCAAAAAGUGCUUUUCGAAAAGCUACUUCUCCAAAAGCAGCUUCAGCAGCAGCAGAGAACUCCCAAUUCUGGGGUUUCAACCAUUGAAGACGACGAUCCCAGAAGAGGGAUUGACUUAUCUUCCUCAGAUUGUGAAGAAAGCAUUGUUUCGUCACCACCCCACCACCACCACCUUCCGCCGCCGCCGCCGGAGUUGCCUGUAGUGAUGGACAGGCCGCUGCCGGAGAAGGGUAAGUUUCUGCAAGCGGUCAUGAAAGCAGGGCCGCUUCUGCAGACACUCCUCCUCGCCGGCCCGUUGCCGCAGUGGCGCCACCCUCCACCGCCGCUCGACCCAUAUCAGAUUCCGCCGCCGCCGCUGCUCAUUGCACCACCACCGCCGCCACCUCUUCUGCACACCCACCACCCCAUCAACCAAGACCCAAACAAUUGCGGUAGAAUAAAUAACAGGAAAAGGGAUCUUUUCGAAAGAUCCGAUUCCUCCAUCGAUCAGUCCAAACACCGAAAGAUUCUUCUCCGAUGAACAUCAUGCUUUUUGGCAAUGCGUUCAUCGUAAUUAUUCAGCUUCUGCAAUUAAUUAACAAAAGGCGGGAACUGCAGAUUUUUGUACAGUGCUUUUGAUUUUAUUAUUGGAAGAGUAAAGAUCCAAUCUUUUGACCAAAUUCAGGCAGUUUCUUACUUUAUUAAU